GGAGGGAGUACGAUGCGGAUGAUCGAAGAAGGGGAAGACCCGAUCUUUAGGCCCAGCCUGGUCCUCAAUACUUCUCACCAACCCGUGAGUCGUUUCUUCCACAAUAACGUCGCCACGAAAGUGCUAAAAAAAAGUAAAAUCGUUCAGUUUUAGAGUGCAUUACAAGUUCUCGCAAAGUACGUCAGAUUUAUACGAGUGGUUGUAUUAUUGCAUGAAUGAAAAGUAUACACAAUAUAUGAAGAUCUUCAUAGUAAUGUCUUUACAUAUAAUCAGUAUAUAACUGGCUAAAAAUUGGUUGUGCCAGUUUUUGGCGAAUUAUAAAUUGUUCGUAGCUAAGACGUGAUAUGUGGUUUCAAUUUUUUUCUAUAACAGUGCGCAUUUUUACGUGUCAAGAUUUAAAAAAAGCUUAAGGUUAUUUUAGUAAUAAAAAAUAAUAAGUGAAGCUUCAGUUUUCAGUGAUAUUGUGGGGUGGGAUGCCCUGGCUAUGGUUAGUUGUGAGUGAGGUCAGUGGUACCAAGAGGUGGUGGUUUUCCCUUCGUGAAGUGGGACUGAAAAGUGCAAGCAAGUGAUAUUAUGGUAUACUUAAGAGACUCGGUGAGGUUUGUCUCAUACCUCUAUCGAUCUAAUCGUCACCAUCAUCGUCUUCGCAACCAGCUACAACACCCACAUGAAGCUUAUCAGUCAAGGAUACGUACCAAACGACGAUCAUCAUAUAGAAUUCUUUUCAUUGUCUUAUUGACGAUUUGGCUGCCAGCAUUAGAAAUACCAGGAAUACUUGCUUGUGGUCCUGGUAGAGGUGGUGGUCGGAGACCUAUUUCGCGUAAACUUACACCACUUGUUUUCAAGCAGCAUGUACCAAAUGUCAGUGAAAACACAUUGCCUGCUAGUGGCCUUGUCGAAGAACGAGUUUCAAGGCAUGACACAAGAUUUAGAGAUUUGGUACCAAACUAUAAUGCUGAUAUUAUUUUCAAAGAUGAAGAAGGCACUGGUGCUGACAGGCUGAUGACUCAGAGGUGCAAAGAGAAACUUAAUACACUAGCAAUAUCAGUGAUGAACCAAUGGCCGGGUGUCAGGCUUCGUGUCACUGAAGGCUGGGAUGAAGAAGGCAAACAUGCGACUGGUUCGCUACACUACGAAGGAAGAGCUGUUGACGUAACGACUAGUGAUCGUGAUCGUUCCAAAUAUGGGAUGUUGGCAAGACUCGCUGUUGAAGCUGGCUUUGACUGGGUCUAUUACGAAUCUAGGUCACACAUACAUUGUUCAGUCAAGUCUGAAUCAUUCUCAGCUGGAAAAUCUGGUGGGUGCUUCUCCGGUAGUAGCUUGAUUAAAACUACUUCUGGCACCAUGAAGCCGAUGUCAGACCUCAAAGUUGGCGAGAGUGUUGAAUCUCUUGAUUCGUCUGGUGAUGUGGUAUAUAGUGAGGUUAUAGCGUUUUUGGAUCGGGCCCCUCAGGAAAAGCGGCAGUUCAUACAAUUGACGACGUUUUCCGGCAAAGUACUGACACUCACACCAUUACAUUUAGUACCGGUUAAAUCGGAAAAAGAACAUCAAUCUAGUCGGACGAUAUUUGCUUCUCGAAUCAAAUCUGGAGACCAAGUCUUGAUACAGGAUUCAGAUAAUUUUUUGCCGAGAAAUCUCAGAGUAAGAUGGGAUUAUGUGACGAUGAUUGAACUAGUUGCGAGAGAUGGGAUUUACGCCCCAUUGACGCGAGAAGGUACAAUAGUUGUUAACAAUGUUGUUGCAUCAUGUUAUGCUGUUAUGGAAAGCCAAACACUCGAUCAUUUAGUUUUCUGGCCUCUCAGAAUUAUCGCUACCAUACAGUCAAGUUAUAGCAGUCUUAGACGAUUAUUCUUUGCAACCUUUGGCAUUCAAAAUGAUUCAUAUGAAAAACAUUUGAUGAGUACAGUGGAAAUUGAUCAAAAUAUGGAAACAACGUAUCAUCCACGAUACCAGGGGCCUCAAGGUAUCCAUUGGUAUGCCAAUUUUCUUUAUAUAAUUGGCUCUUAUGUCGUACCAUCGACAAUACACUGAGUCAACAAUGGCAAAAUAAUGACCGGUAUAUUAGAAAACAAUUCAAAAGCUUGAUUAUUCUUCUUGCAAUUUAAAAAAAAAUCCGGUAACUUCUUACUGAAACAUCGAAUCGUACUGUAUUUCUAGUGUGAAUAUUUUAACGAAAUAAACACUCAUAAAAUAAGACAUAUAAAUAAUUACGAACUAUACAUUUUUGACUACGACGGUAGCGUAGAUCAUAUUAAAUUAUUUAUUUUGACUCAGUUUUAAAUUUAUAUUAUAAGAUUAAUUUUAUUAAAUAAAUAAUAAUAUAAAAAUUGUAAUUCAUAUUAAAUAACUUAUUCUCAAAAGCUUAUGGUAGUUAGGGCACGGAACGAAGAGUAACAAAACAACCAAUGUAUAUAGCCUACGUUUAUUAUUUAUGCUAAACCUGAUCAACGCUGGAUGAUUGAUAACUUUCCAGCCAGGAGUUUUGUAUUGUUUUAUAUUAAGUGAUCGUUUUAAAAUGUAUUAUAGUUUUUUAUUUUUUAUGAGAUAUAAAUAGUAAAAAUAUACAAAAAUAUUUAAUAAUCAUGGAUGUCAAUGUAAAUUUUAAUUCCAUUAUCUGUAAAAGAAAUAAUAAAUUUGAAAAUCUAUCUAUAAAGUGUUGUUUUUAUAAAAGUUCAAUACGAAGUAUUUUCUUGUAAAAUUAAAAAAAAUGCCCAUAACUUAUAGCAGGUGUGUUAUUUACAACAUUCGUUUUCAGGUGAAGGAAUUGAUAUGCUCUUUGUAUCGCACCACGUAUCCAAAUAUACCACGAUAAUUUCACAAGGGUUGUAAGGCCUUAUGUUUGAUACAGGGCUAUCAAAGGAUGUGGAGGAUAGGUUGUAAAUUGAAAUAAUAGGAAUAACACUUUAAAUAAAUCCAAACACUGUGGCUUAAAUUCUAUUAAUAUAUUCACUUUAUUAUUUCACUAAAAUUAUAAUUAAUUGUAUUGUAUAUUGUAUAUUGAGUUGACUCUAACAAGUGUUGUCAUGGACAGACACUACUAUUUUAUAUUGUAAGUAUAAAGAAAUCCCGUUGUACGCGAAUCAAUAUUAAUUAGUGAUGUUACGUAAACGAGUGUUGAAGAGCAACUGAUUUCUCAGUUUGUUGAAAAUUGUUAAGUCCAAAAAAUGGGUGUAUACUUAGUUAAAAAAUUAGUUUUAAUUGGUCAAAAAUUAGUUCAAGAGAGGGUAAAAAACUAGGUGUAGGUGGUGGGAUUUUUAGACAUAAAAUUGGGCCUUGUGUGGUCCAAAGGGUGACAUAAAAAAUACCAUGUGUAAACAAAAAACAUAGAUUUUACGACCGGAAAGUCCAAGACGUUUUCAUGAAUUUAGUUUGUUUUAAAAAGUUACAAAUUUACUUUUUUAUUGUCGAUUUUACGAUCAUUCUGUGUAUCGAAAAUACGUUAGUGCAGUUGUAUGACAGAUGUGAGAUUUUCUCUAAUUCUUGACAAAUAAUAUUCUAAAAAAUAUGUUAUACACGGAGAAAAAUUUUCACCAAAUUUUACUAUGCUGCCACAUUACCAAAGAACUAUCUUUUAACUAUUGAAAUAUUUAAUAUCAUUUUAACGAAAAAAAACAAUAGUAGUCUUGAAAAAUUAAAAUGUAGCAUAGCAAUUUCUUAUGUUUUUUUUUUUGCUAUUUCCCGAUGAAAAAAUUACAACGCAUAAAGAAAUUUUUACAGAAACCGAAUUUAAAAUUUAAAAUAAUCCAGCCUCAAAAUUCCAAUGUAGCAUAGCAAAAAAUAUUUGUUUUUUUUUUUGCUUUGUAUAUUUAUAAAACUUACUCUGUUGUUGUGGAAAAAAUUAAAAUGAUCCUCUGAAAAUUUACAAUGUAGCAUAGUAAUUUUAAUAACUUUCUUGGAAUUCCUGUAGGUGUCACUAACAAAUACAAAGCAACAUAUUUAAAAUUACGAUGGGGCAUAGCAAAAUUGAUGACGGACUCAGAAAUGUCAACUGCCCCCACUUUUUAGUCGACUGCGCAGGCGUGACUUUGCUUAUUUUCCGAUUGUUGAUGUAAAACAAAUAAAUUUUUGUUUUCACGUGCGUUAUCGUGGCGCAACGGAUGCCGAGUAGGGUUUGUACUCGAAAGGUACAGAGUUCAAAUCCUGAGCCUGGCCGAUUUUUUAAGUCUACGUAUUCAUUGUAAAAAAAAAAAACAAAGAAAAAUAUUUAUUUAUAAUAUUUUUUUUGAGCGUUUAUAAACAAAGCAAAUUUUGCGUUUGACCAUUUUAAAAAUUACUAUGUUACACCGUGGAAGGUCGCAUGGCCAGUAUAGGUGGCGUUCUUCAAUGAAAAUUGCUAUGUUCCAUCUCGAUUUUUAAUAUGAUGCUCUUAUGGUACCAGCUUACUGUAACACAACGCAAAAAUUGCUAUGCUAUUC